AUAUGAGCUGUAAUGUAAAAAGCCUUCUAAUGCAAAUGGGUAUUUUUAGAUUUCACUUUUAAGGCCCUUUUUCCCCCAUUACUCUUCUCUCUCUCUUUUCAUUCUCUGUAGUUCUUCCACUCUGCAAGUACAGUUAAAGAAGAUGGGAAGAGCAACGAGGUGGCUAAAAAGCCUGUUUGGGAUAAAGACCACCGACCGCCGAGACAAGAACCGCUCUACUAUCGUUGGCCAGUCCGCCAGAGGAGGAGAUAUCGCCGGCUUGUGUCACAACCCUUCAACCAUACCACCCAACUUGUCAGCCGCCGAGGCUGCUUGGCUAAGAUCUUACUACAACGAUACACACAAGGAACAGAAUAAGCACGCCAUUGCGGUAGCCGCCGCAACUGCAGCAGCGGCUGAUGCGGCUGUUGCAGCGGCACAGGCCGCUGUCGCCGUUGUUCGACUCACCAGCCAUGGCAGAGGUACUAUGUUUGGCGGAGGAAGUGAGAAAUGGGCUGCUGUCAAGAUCCAAACUGUGUUCAGAGGUUACUUGGCAAGAAAAGCACUGAGAGCAUUAAAAGCACUGGUGAAGUUACAGGCACUGGUCCGGGGCUAUUUGGUGCGGAAACAAGCAGCUGCUACACUUCACAGUAUGCAAGCACUGAUACGAGCUCAAACCAGUGUUAGGUCUCACAGAGCUCGUCGCUUCAUUAACAGUGAAGCUACCAACAGAUUUGAAAUUCGAGCACGAAAAUCCACGGAGAGAUUUGAUGAAACAAGAAGUGACCACACAGUCUCUAUCCAUAGCCGAAGACUAUCUGCAUCUCUUGACUCUGCAUUCAACCCUAACGAAGAAACCCCCAAAAUCGUGGAGGUCGACACAGGCAGGCCUAAAUCAAGAUCUCGCAGAACUAACACCUCUGUUUCAGAUUUCAGUGACGACCCAUAUUAUCAAACAAUUUCUUCUCCUCUCCCAUCUCGAAUUCCAGCCCGUUUAUCCAUACCCGAUACCCGAUAUUUUCAAGACUAUUCCUACUCCGAAUGGGGCCUAACCGGAGACGAAUGCAGGUUCUCCACAGCACAGAGCACGCCCAGAUUUAUCAAUUCUUGUGGGUGUAAUCCCCCGCUCACACCCGCAAAGAGCGUCUGUGCUGAUAAUUUGGGGAAUUAUCCAAAUUACAUGGCUAACACACAGUCAUUCAAAGCGAAAUUGAGAUCGCACAGUGCCCCUAAACAGAGGCCAGAACCAGGUCCCAAGAAGCGACUGUCGCUAAACGAAAUGAUGGAGUCGAGGAGUAGUCUUAGUGGGGUGAGGAUGCAGAGAUCGUGUUCGCAGGUUCAAGAAGCUAUCAAUUUCAAGAAUGCAGUCUUGGGGAAGCUAGAAAGGUCCACAAAUUUUAGUAGAGAACCAGAGAGGUACUCCAUACAGAGGAAAUUUUGAUUUAUCAUCUGCUUCUUCUUUAUUGCUACCAUUACUUGUUUCAUCCCUAACCCAGCAAAGCAUAGAACAGAUAGCACAGGAUACAAGUAAACCCCCAUCUGGUUCAACUCCUUGUUCUUUCUUUGAUCUUAAAUUUCUCAGAAAACCCUAAUCAAACCCAAUUGUGAAAGUAAAUAGUUUGUUUGUCCUAGUUUUAGUUACUUGUAUCAAUCUCUCUCUCUCUCUCCCUGCCUGUCAUGAUGGUAUAUAAUUAAGACGACUUUCACCAAA